GGUUCCGGUCGGAAUUACCCAGCAGCGCACGCUGACAUGGCUGUGCCGUUACUGAGAGGUGUUCGGAAGCUGCUGAAGCAUGUAUACUUCGCGACGGUCCCACGGAGACAUCGACAUAAAAAGAAAUGGGGUCUGUGAACUGUCCCAAAACAACCCUCAACCCUGUGAUUCUGAACAUUAUGGUGCCAGCUACUGCCUUAGGCUACCACAGAGCCCAAAUUUCCUGCUGUUCAACUGGCUCUGCAGAAUUUUGACAUGACCUACAGUGUGCAGUUUGGGGAUCUUUGGUCAUCAAUCCGGGUUAGUCUCCUCUCAGAGCAGAAGUAUGGAGCCCUGGUCAAUAAAUUUGCUGCUUGGGAUCAUGUGAGUGCUAAGCUGGAGCAGCUGAGUGCAAGAGACUUUGUGAAUGAAGCCAUCUCCCACUGGGAACUGGAGCCUGAGAGUGGUCAGUCUGCAGCCUCCUGGUCCUGCAGUCCAAACCUACACUGCUUCACUUUUGCCAAAGGGGAUACCAGUCGUUUCCCUCCUGCCAGCCUUGGCAACCUGGGUGUCAUGGACUACUACCUGAUGGAUGCUGCUUCCUUGCUACCUGUCCUAGCCCUUGGCCUGCAACCUGGGGACACUGUGCUUGAUUUGUGUGCAGCCCCUGGGGGAAAGACACUAGCAUUGCUUCAGACUGGCUGUUGCCGCAAUCUUGCUGCCAAUGAUCUCUCCACUUCCCGAACAGGCAGACUACAGAGUGUCCUUCGCAGCUAUGUGCCUCAAGAGAUCAGGGAUGCUAAUCAAGUUCGAGUCACCUCAUGGGAUGGCAGGAAGUGGGGAGAACUGGAGGGGGAUGCCUAUGACCGGGUGCUGGUGGAUGUGCCAUGUACCAUAGACCGCCACUCCCUUCAUGAGGAGGAGAACAACAUCUUUCAGCGGUCAAGGAGGAAGGAGCGACAGAUGUUGCCUGUGCUACAAGUGCAACUUCUUGCGGCUGGAAUCCUUGCCACCAAACCAGGAGGUCACAUUGUCUAUUCCACCUGCUCACUAUCACACCUGCAGAAUGAGUAUGUGGUGCAAGGCGCCAUUGAGCUCCUGGCCAGUCAAUACAGCAUUGAUGUUCAGGUGGAAGACCUGAGUCACUUCCGAAGGCUUUUCAUGGACACAUUCUUUUUUUUCCCAUCUUGCCAGGUUGGGGAGCUGGUAAUACCAAACCUCAUGGCCAAUUUUGGGCCUAUGUACUUCUGCAAAAUGCAUAGGCUGACAUAAUGUCACCUUUUCCCUGAAGUAGGAAGACAAAGAAUAUAUUCUCUGUUAGGCACUGGAAACUGAGACCAAUGGCAGAGAUGUACUCUGGAUCCUGUUUCCAUCCUGUUCGAGUUUUUCUACACAGUUUCCAGUAGUAGGAAGUAGGGUUUUUUCUGUCUUGCUGUCCAAUUGGUGGAGCACCAGCAGGUUCUAACUCACUUAUUACCACCCUUCCCCUGCGGUCUUCAAGCCCGUGCUACAGUUUGCUGACCCCUUAGGGCCCUAGAAGGAGCCAGUGAAUAGCCUCACACGUUAAGCUGUAAACUUGGGAAGAAGCAUUUAGUUAAUAAAAUUGUUGAA